GUUAUGUGGUGAAUGUCACUUUGACAGUUGACAUUCGAAACCUUUGGAUGCGUGCGUGUUUUAUGUUUUUUUGCAUGAAAUUUUUGAGUAUUUUCGGUUGUUUUAUUAACGAGAUCUAAAUGGAUAACUACACGUCGGAUAGUAGCGAUAACGAGUCGAGCAAUCGGAUCAUCGAUCUGGCUUAUUUGUUGAGAAAUCCCGAAUCUGUAGACCGAUCAUUGGGGGAGUACUUCGAAGAUGAUUCCAAGAGGUACCAGGAGGUGGAGAAGAUCAUUUUGCAUCAUAAUGAACUGAACGUACUGCCGAAGAAUCUAUUUCGGUUUACCAACAUAAAAGUUCUGGAUCUAAGCAAUAACGGCCUAACGGAGCUGCCAGAUCUCUUCAGGUAUUGCCAACUGACGAAUUUAGUUUUAAAAAAUAACAGACUGACCAAUGGAUCUUUGCCGAAGGAGUUUACGGAGUGUCCCAGUUUGAGGGAACUGAACUUCGGGGGAAAUCACAUGACGCAGUUUCCCGAGCAGAUUUUCAGUUUUGCCAAUUUGAGAUUUUUGUACUUGGGCGGGAAUGGUAUGAGGAACAUAUCGAAGGACAUAUGGAGGUUAAAACAGUUACAAGUGUUCUCGCUAGGCGGAAAUGACAUCACGGAAGUACCGGUUUCCGUUGGCACCCUCAAGUAUCUUCAAGCGCUCGUGUUAUGCGAUAAUCAAAUCGAAGUUUUACCAGCGAACAUUGCCAAUUUACAUAACCUCAGGUCUUUACUGUUACACAAAAAUCGAUUGAGAACUUUACCGCCUGAAAUUAUCGCUUUACGUAACCUUAAUGAGUUAAGUCUUAGGGAUAACCCCUUGGUAGUAAGGUUCGUAAGUGACAUAACCUAUCAGCCAACCAGCCUUCUAGAACUUUCCGCCAGAUCUUUGAAACUGCACAAUAUUAAAGUGGAACCCGGAACCAUUCCGAAGACUUUGGCGUUUUAUUUGGACACUGCACAUAGGUGUGUCAAUCCUCACUGCAAAGGUGUAUAUUUCGACAACAGAGUGGAACACAUAAAGUUUGUGGAUUUUUGUGGGAAGUACCGGAUUCCGUUGCUACAAUAUUUGUGCUCCUCAAAGUGUGCAAGCACCCCAAGUGAAGAAAUCGUUCGACCCCAUAGAACAUAUUUGAUGAAGAAAGUAUUAUUAGGGUGAUUUAAUAAAAAAAUUAAUAUUGUGUAUAUUUCUAUAACGAAACUGUUGCUUUGGUUUAAUAAUGAUAAUGUGAUAUAUUGUAUAUGCUUUAAUGGAGUCAGGGUGGUAUAUUUUUUCAUGAAAUAAAUUAUUAAAAUGGAAA